CUUUGGAGAUGUUCUUCCAUCAGUUUGCUCCCCAGGGCCGAGCCCCACUUCUCCAGGCCUUGUCCCUUAGAGAGCAUCAUGUGGACAUCAGGGGCUUCAGCUGGGUCUGCAUUUGGGUCAGUCUUCCUUUCCAAUCCGUCAUGGCAGGAUGCGUGAAUCAAGCAAACGUGAGGUUUGCAAACAUCUUCCGUACGGGAUCCGGGGUGUACAGGGAUCUGACCCAGGAUCAGGAUCAGAUAGUCGAUGAGAUCUCGGUGGAGCUGAAGUCCUCGGCUGACGGAGGAGAGGAAGUGGACGGAUCUUUCACUCCGAGACAGCAGAACUCCGGCAGGAAUUGGAACGACGUGGCGAAGAUUGCCGUCAUCGUUAUCUUCUUCUUCAUCGCUGGUUACCUUAUUGGUUAUGUGACGCACCGUAAUCCUGACGUCAGAGCGAACACUGCGGUGACGUCGGGGAUUUUCAGCAGCAGUACCACGCACGCCGAAGACGACGGCGACGAAGAGCCGGAGUCUGUACUGGACAACGACAAACCCGCUGAUCGCUUUGCCUCCUGGAGCAGCAUCACGGGGGCGCUGAGAGAGAAACUCACAACUGCAGCCUUGGAAAAAACCUUACAAGAGUUCUCCUCUGCGGACCAUCAGGCCGGCAGCGCUGGAGAUGACAUCCUGAGUGAGAAGAUGCUGGAGAAGUUCACGAGUCUCGGGAUGGACCCGUGGGUGGAAGUGCACUACGUGACGCUGCAGGUGCCGUCCAGGGAGAACAAAGUGGCGAUCGGGUCCGAGGUGGUCGGAUGCCCAAGCGGGUAUUUAGCGUACAGCGCAACAGGAACCAAACAGGGGAAGGUGGUGUACGCUAACUACGGCCGAAGAGAAGAUCUGGAGAACCUUCUGAAUGAGGGAGUGAGCCUGACGGAGAACAUCGCUCUGAUGAGAGAUGGAGAACUCAGCCUGGCGGAGAAGGUUGCGAACGCUGCCCGGUUCGGUCUCGCUGCGGUUCUGAUCUAUCGGGAGCCGAGCGAUGGAAGCCCACUCGACACUGAGCUCUACGGCCAGGUUCACCUCGGAACUGGAGAUCCGUACACUCCGGGGUUUCCUUCCUUCAACCACACCCAGUUUCCUCCUUCUAAGUCUUCCGGUCUUCCUGAGAUCCUGGCUCAGACCAUCACCGCGGAAACGGCUCGCAAAAUCCAUCAGAGGAUGGGAGGAAAGGAAGCGCCCAAGGAUGUCACAGGAAGGCUGCCGGGCGUCAGUAAGUACACGCUGGGAGGAGAGACGAACGUCACCGUGACGGUUAAUAACGUCCUCGUCGACACCAAGAUCUCUAACGUCUUUGGUGUCAUUAAGGGCUUCAUGGAUCCAGAUCGCUACGUGGUGCUCGGCGCUCAGAGAGACGCGUUCAGCCACGGAUUUGCCAAGUCCACCGUCGGCACGUCCCUGCUGGUGGAGCUCGCCAGGGCCAUCACGGACAUGAAGAAAGAUGGAUUUAAGCCGCGGAGGAGCAUCGUGUUUGCCAGCUGGAGUGCCGGAGAUUUCGGCAGCAUCGGUUCCACAGAGUGGCUCGAGGGUUACCUCGCCUCUCUGAACCUCAGAGCCUUCACCUACAUCAGCCUGGACUCCACCGUGUCGGGUAUAAAGCAGUUCAAAGCCUCCUCCAGUCCGCUGUUAUACAAUCUCCUGAAGAACACAAUGAAUGAGGUGCAGAGUCCUCGGUCCUCGCAGAUGUCCAUCUCUCAGGACUUCGCUGCCUCAAGAUGGGAAGAAUCAGUUCUGGAGGCCAUGAAGAUGGAGGACGGCGCUUAUCCUUUCCUGACCUUCUCCGGCAUUCCCUCCGUCUCCUUCCGCUUCGUCUCGGACAGCUCUUCAGGCUAUAAAUAUUCUGGAACAGCUCUGGACACCAGAGAAAAGCUGAACUUGGCCACCGAGUGGAAGCUUCCGGACGUCUCCGUGUCUGCGGGUCUGGUUGCGGGACAGAUGGCGCUCCGGCUCGUCCACGAUCACAUCCUCAAUCUGGACGUUGACGAGUACACGCGCGUCAUCAAGAAGAACAUGAACAGGAUCAUAAAAGAGAUCAAACGCGUUGAAGCUCUCAAUGCUAAUGCGUCCUCAACACUUAAAGAAAAAUGGCUGCAGUACGCAAUAGGCGCGUAUAGUAGAGCCACUUCGGCUCUGCGCAACGAGAUUAAGAACAGCGACCUGGACGUUCCAGAGACGUGCCGCAACAUCAACGACCGCAUCAUGAGGGUGGAGCACAACCUUCUGUCUCCGUACAUCUCCCCGAAAGACGUCCCGUUCCGUCACAUCAUCUUCGGCACGGGUGAUUACAGCGUCAGCGCUCUGCUGGAGCACCUCCACUCCCUGAGGCUGCAGGCCGUGGGCUCUGACGCCGAUCUCUUCCGUAACCAGUUUGCGCUCAUCACCUGGACCAUCCAGAGCUGCGCUAACGACCUAGCGGGAGACGUCUGGGCUAUGGAAAACUCCAUCUGAUCAUCAGCGCCUCGGUGCGAGGCCGGUCCGAUCCAAACGUUUCAGUAAUAAUCAAUAAUUAAGUGAAUUUUAAAAAACAAAUCCGCGCCUACGUCUUUAUCACAGGUUACACUAAUACUCUAAUGUUAAACUUAUAAAGUCGAUUAAUUAGGUUAUUGACCCGGCAUUUGCAUGGAGGUUUAGUCGUUAAUCAUUUAGUGCUGGGCGAUGUGAUGGAGAUAUUGCGAUAUUUGCGAUAAAUAAUCCAAAAUAAUCCACCUCACAGUUCGUAGUUUAUCAUCAGCUGCUGUUACAACACACUGAAACAAGACAACGAUUAAUCUGAUUUUUGAUUUUUUUUUCUUUUCUUUUCUUUUUGAAUAAUGUGGCACCAAUUUUUUUUUUCCAUUAUUUUUAUUUUUUAUUAAAUUUUUUUUUUUUUUUUUUUUUGGGAGAUUUGAACCUUGACAAUUUUUUCUGGUUGUUUUACAUUUAUUUUUCCAUUUUUCUGCAUUAUUAUUAUUAUUUUUUUUUUUUUUGGGGUUACUUGUAUCGUGAAUGAUUCCAAGUAUCGCAAUAUGAUAUUUGUCUCCAUAUCGCCCAGCCUUAAUGUCAUAUUAUUUCCGUUAUUACUGAAUCCUGCUGAAUGUCUUUACUGGAUGAACCCAUAUCUUAGUUUCAGUUGUUGUAUAAUCAGAUAAUCUAAUAAUUAGCUGGAAUAAUAAUAAUAAUAAUAAUAAUAAUAACGAUAAAAUACAGUAUAUAAAAAUUUGAUAUUUAUAAAUGAAUCAGCAGAAGUAACCUGCUGUAAGCACACGGUUCGCGACACGUGCACUUGUUUCUCAGUUUCUGACUUGCUGAGGUUUGAUUUAACCCUCGACGGCGCAGUCGUGUCCUAACGGGUCAGAAUUAAAAAGCUAAUCGGAUGUUUAAUUCUGUUUCAUUCACUUGCACUUGAACGAGAGUCCAAACGAAAUUCCUCGCAGGGGGAAAAAAAACACUGCUUUUGGGUCAUGUUUUUUGUGAUGUAUGAUUUUUGACCUGUUUUGCAUGGAGAGAAAUGUGUUUGUCUGUUAUUAUUUAUUUAUCAGUGACAGUGUUCACUAUAAAUGUGAUUUUUUUGUAAUUUUUUUUUUUUUACAUUAUCGGAAGCAGUGCCUUCCAUAAUUGUGACGGUUAUACUGUCAGUUUAUAAAAGCAGCAUCUGCUCUGAGGAAUAAAUGUUACCAAACAAGCCGUCACCAGAAAUAAUCUUUUUCCAAAUCCUGUAAGAACUCGUCCAUGUAUCUGAAAGUUGUAAUUACAAUCGUAGUUUAACGACAGAAAUUUUCGGUGAUGUACUUUGUCGCAACAAUUUGUUAGAAAAAUGUGCGAUUUGGUGGAAAUACUCGAGGCGUGUGCUGAUGUAAAAAUGACCAUUUUGCUCUUUUAUGAUCUUAAUAUUGAAAAUGAUCAUGAAUUUUAAUCCGGAUUCAACUGGACGGUUUCUCAGAUAAAAUAAAUCACUCUAAAAUAUUGUGAGUUGAUUAAUUUUCUAUAACAGCAGCUCGGACAGAAUAGUCUAGUCCUUCUUGUUACUAACAUGUACGCCUGAAAUUCCCUUAAAAUAUACUUCAAACUAUUAUAAUCAUGAUUCCGUAUAAAUCCUACAAACGUUCAACUCACUCACUCUUGAGAUAUAUUGCUCUAAUGAAAAUCUAGGAUGGACGCGCGACAACAAAAUACCCCCCAACACAGAGUGACAGGAAUAAAAAUCAUUCUGAUCCUGCUGUUGAAGGAAAAUAAUCAGCUUUGCGGCGCUUCAUCACCUCGUCUGUUUAAUUAUCAGCACAUGUCUGUCCAAGAGAAAGGUGUAGCGAUUUCUGGGACGAAGCUUGUAUUUUUUGGAACAUAUUUCUCAUUCUGAAACAUUAUCGGGAGCAGUGUCUUCCAUAAUGCACUGUGUGAAGGUAGUUUUUGUCUACCAGUGUGUAUUUAUCGGGGGCAGUGUCCCUCAUAUUUCACUGUAGGGUGGAGUCAAUUAUCGGGAACAGUGUUUCCCAUAGUUUUUUACAUAUUUAUGUUCAUGUUCGGUACUUGUGUGAUUUUUUUUUUCCUUCUGUUACGGGUGACGGGUGUGCGUGUAGGUGUGUGUGUGUAAUCUCUGAAGAAAUAUCAGCGUUUCUCCUGUGGCACUUUUCAGCUGGUCAGCAUGGUUUUACUUUAGUAAACAUUCUGAAAUGAAAUGCUAAAUUUUUUUUAUUGAAUUAAGACGACUCCAAAAAGAACGAACUGAUAAAUGUUUAAAAUGAUUUCUGUUUCAUUGUUUGACAACAAGUGACCACCAGGAGAAACGUGUACACGGAUAUUUGUGUUUAGUGGCUGCGCUUUUUUCUUUUCAAGCCUUUUAGUUUCCAAAGUGUGUCUCUUAAUUGUGCUUUCACACCUGUUAAUCCGUGUGUCGAGUCUGAAUCAGAGUGAAAUUGAUUCUUUUGAUUCGUUUGUGAUUUGGUUUCACACUGCACAUUGUUAAACGAAUAAAAAAAAAAAAAAAAUCGUUCGAGGGGUGUGUAGGUCUGAAAACUCGUUAUUUGGAUAAGAAAUACAGUAACGUUAACAAAAAAUCCCCCGAGCAUGUUAAUGAAAUAGUUAGAUUUUUAAAUAAGUGACUACUUUUAAAUGUUUUGAAUUAAUUUUCUCCAAAUUUUCGGAGCAUUUCUGCAGCUCUGUCCUUUGGUUCAGUUUAGCUGCUCGCAAAAAUCUUAAAAAAAAAAAAAAAAAAAACAACUCAAAACACACGGCUUGUUUGAUUCACUUCCUGCUGGUGAGUCGAUUGAGAAUUGAAUCGCUUUCUGACUGCAUUAGAGUUCAUACGAAUGAGACGGAGAACCAAACGCUGCAGAUGUGAAAGCACGCUUAACAGAGCACUUCUUCAUUUCAGUGAUCUAGAAGAAAUCUACAGAAAUAGUUUGUGAUGAGUUUCUGGGUUGUGGCUUGUUCUUUUGGUCAGAACUGAAACACUUACCAAAUCUCUCUCUCUCUCUCUCUCUCCCUCUCUCUCUCUCUCUCUCUCUGCUUAAACAUUUCUGAAAGCAUGAACCAGCUCUUAGAAACAGUACUAGGGACAUUUUGGAGAAUUUAUCUGCAUGCGUUAGUUUAAUUAAUCUGGAGAAGACAUUGUAAGUUUAUGAUUAGAUAUUAGUCAUUUCUUCAUACUAUGGCUUUUAAUAAUGAAAUAAAUUGGCUUCCAAAAAGGGCAGAAAUGAUUAAAUGUUGCACUUAUUUGCACUAUUGAUGUAAAAAUUCAAAUUGUCAAAAUGUAAGAUGUCAAAGUUGAGAUGAUUAACGACUCUCUGGUUAACGAGCUGUUAUGAAUUCUGCGCUCUUAUUAAAAGGUUCUGAAAGAAAAAGUGUUGUAGGGUUUUAUGUAGAACCUUUCGGGGUUCUCUCUGGGGCUUAAACCCUGCAGGGUGAAACCUUUGUUUUUUUUUGGAAGAGUGUAGUAAUUGGAAAUGUUUUAGUCUGAUCUUUCUGAAUGUGUUAUUUUCUGUCCAAUAAAUGUGUUCUUAUGCUUA